AUGUCUCAAUCUCCUUCGUCCUCUCUUCGUAAGAGAGGGGGGAAGAAGGAGACCUACCCCCCCGUCCCAACGGACGAUGUCUCCUCCUCUCCUUUGUCUUCGCCAAAGUUGCCCGUCGCUUCCAAAAGCCAGUCGGAAUGGGACUAUAGGCUGGCCUUAGUCGUCCUCACCGUCCUGGCGUUUAUCACUCGAUUCUACAAGAUAUCCUACCCUAAUGAGGUCGUGUUCGACGAGGUGCAUUUUGGCAAGUUUGCUUCUUACUACCUACAACGGACUUAUUUCUUCGAUGUGCACCCCCCGUUCGGCAAGCUCCUCUUCGCGUUGAUGGGGUGGCUGGUUGGUUACGACGGCCACUUCUUGUUUGAUAACAUUGGCGACUCUUACAUCGACAACAAAGUCCCUUACGUUGCUCUCCGCGCCAUGCCCGCCACCCUUGGCGCUCUGACCAUUCCCGUCGUGUUCCUCAUCAUGUGGGAGUCCGGAUAUUCCCUCCCAGCGUGUGUGUUGGCCGCUGGCCUUGUGCUGUUUGAUAAUGCCCAUGUCGGAGAGGACCGGUUGAUUCUGCUCGAUGCUAGCUUGGUGCUUACGAUGGCCCUGAGCAUCCUGUGCUACGUCCGCUUCUAUAAGCUGCGCCAUGAGCCCUUUGGACGGAAGUGGUGGAAGUGGCUGCUCUUGACCGGUGUUUGUCUCAGCUGCGUCAUCUCUACGAAAUAUGUCGGCGUCUUCACGUUUGUCACGAUCGGUGCUGCGGUCCUGGUUGACCUGUGGAACUUGUUGGAUAUCAACCGCCCUUCGGGAUCUCUCAGCAUGGUUCAUUGGGGGAAGCAUUUUGCCGCUCGCGCUUUUGCCCUCAUCAUUGUGCCUAUCUUUUUCUACCUGUUUUGGUUCCAGGUCCACUUUGCCAUUCUCACGCGCUCCGGACCCGGUGAUGAUUUUAUGACCCCAGAGUUCCAGGAAACCCUGAGUGACAACGCAAUGGCAGCACAGUCCGUCGGCAUCGAGUACUUCGACACGAUCACGAUCAGGCACAAGGAUACCAAGGUGCUGCUACACAGCCACUGGGAGAAGUAUCCGCUGCGCUACGACGAUGGACGUAUUUCCAGUCAGGGCCAGCAGGUCACCGGAUAUCCGUUCAACGAUACCAACAACAACUGGCAGAUUUUGCCUGCCGUCCCUCUUCCUGGUGUCGACGACAAGGGUCACAGCGUCAAGAACGGCGACAUUAUUCAACUCCGCCACGUUGGUACCGAUACCGUUCUCCUGACCCACGAUGUUGCGUCUCCCUACUACCCCACCAACCAAGAAUUCACCACCGUCUCUCACGAGUUGGCCAAUGGCGAGCGUCACAACGACACGCUCUUCGAGAUCAAGAUCGAGAAUGGCAAGGCUCAACAGGAAUUCCGCACUCUUUCAAGCCAUUUCAAACUCAUCCAUGUCCCCACUCGGGUGGCUAUGUGGACUCACACGAACCCGCUGCCGGAGUGGGCCUUCAAGCAGGCUGAGAUCAACGGCAACAAGAACGUUCUUCAGUCCAGCAACCUUUGGUUUGUCGAGUCUAUUGAGUCGCUGGAUGAGAGCAACCCUCGGGCUUCCAAGGAGGUGCGCCAGGUCAAGCAUCUGCCCUUCUGGCGCAAGUACCUUGAGCUGCAACGCGCCAUGUUCUUCCACAACAACGCCCUGACCAGCAGCCACCCGUACGCCAGCGAGCCUUUCCAGUGGCCCUUCCUUCUUCGUGGUGUCAGCUUCUGGACCAAGAACGACACUCGGGAGCAAAUUUAUUUCCUUGGUAAUCCAAUUGGAUGGUGGAUUGCCAGCAGUCUGUUGGCUGUGUUUGCCGGUGUCAUUGGCGCUGACCAGUUGUCUCUUCGACGUGGAGUCGAUGCCCUUGAAGAAAUUUGGGGCCGGGGUUCUCGUUCGCGCCUGUACAACAGCACAGCCUUCUUGUUCCUUUGCUGGGCCGCCCACUAUUUCCCCUUCUGGUUGAUGGGUCGUCAGCGUUUCCUCCACCAUUACCUGCCGGCUCAUGUUGCCUCUGCCAUGGUGACCGGUGCUCUGAUCGAGUUCAUCUUCAACCUGCAGCCGAUCUCGGUUCCUCGCCCUGUCAAGGAGGAUGACCCCACGGGCAAGUCCAAGGCGGAGGCUAGCCCCGGCCACUUCGUCACGGCGAAGGAGCGCAUGGGUCGCCAGUCGCUCAUUGCGGCGUGGGUUGCCACCCUGGUCAUUCUGAGCGUGACCAUCUGGGGCUUCUGCUUCUACGCGCCCUUGACCUACGGUACUCCUGGUCUGGACGUUGCGGGCGUGAAUUCGCGGAAGUGGCUGGGCUAUGACCUGCAUUUUGCCAAAUAA